UUUGUCCUCGUAGGGAUGAAGGUUUUCUGCUUCCUGAAACAACAACGUCAACAAUUCUUUUCUGACUAAAACUUGGAGAAAAGUGAACCGUCACACAGACGAUCAUCCUAACAGAAGAAUCAGACUUUGGUGUCUGUCCAACUGCUGUUGGUCUGAUGUCCUGCAGCUGCAGAAUGGAGGGAACAUCUGUCCAGAUGCUGCUGGCUCUGAGCUCCCUGCUGUGCUGCACAACCAACCAAAUUGGUCUGACUGUGAGUCCCAGCAGAUCUCAGUUCUUUAGAGGAGAAUCAGUGACUCUGAAGUGUGAGGACCACAGCUCUGCAGGAUGGACUCUGAGGAGAAACACCACAGAAGAAACCAGGACUCUGUGUGGAUCUGAGUGGGGAUCAGCAGAUGGUUCAUCCUGCAGGAUCAGUUAUCUUCUUCCAUCAGACAGUGGUGUGUACUGGUGUGAGUCCAGAGGGGGAGGAGCCUCCAGCAUCAGCGUGAACAUCAGUGUCUCUGGUGGAUCAGUGAUCCUGCAGAGUCCUGUCCUCCCUGUGAUGGAGGGUCAUGACCUCACUCUGAGCUGUCAAUCACAGACCCCUCCCUCCAAGCCCUCAGCUGCUUUCUAUAAAGAUGGCUCCCUCAUCAGGACUGAGCCUACAGGUCACAUGACCCUCCAGCAUGUUUCCAGGUCUGAUGAAGGUCUCUACAAGUGUCACAUCAGCGCUCAUGGAGAGUCUCCAUCCAGCUGGAUCUCUGUCUCAGAGAGACCCAGGACCACAGAAGCCCCGCCCCCUGCAUUAUUCAGAGUCCUGCUCCACCUGCUGGUGAUCAGUCCGUUCUUCAUCUCCACUCUCCUUCUGGUGUCUUUAUGUCCACAAAGAGCCUCAGCAAGUGACCCGUCUGUCUCCAUGGUGAUGACCCAGCACUCACAUGCUGAGCAGGGAUUGGCUGAUGACCAUGAUGACAUCAUCACAUCUGGAACCACAGAGCAUCAGUUCUGAACAGAGAAUCUCUUUUGUGUU